UAAUUUGCAAUUGCGACCUGUACAAAUGUUUAAGACAGUAAAACACUUAAAAAAAUGUAAACACAUUAUAAAUGUUAGAAAGUAUAGGUUUUCACCAUUGCUGUGUUCAGGAUUUUUUUUUGGGCGGAGCUAAAACGGUGGCUCGAUGACGCACUGGAGCCACUGAGCUCCUGGCCCCUCCCCAAACAACAUAACUAGAGCACACAUUCGCGUCAGUUCGCCGUUCAAUCGCGAGUUUCUGUGGACUACCAUCGUUUAAAUACCUUGACCGGAGCAUAACUGGUUAACUUCACACAAGAGACCUACUGUUGGACAAUCGUUUUGGCUUUAAAGGUAAAUGCAUUGUUAGUUACAAUGUCUAGUUACUGGGCCAAAAGGAGACGAAUAUUGAAAGGAGUUGAGAGGGACAAACAGGAAAUUGCAGCUGCAAACGAUGCUCUACUUGCUGUUAUUCCUGACUUUGACCAAGUAAAUCCUCCUGUAAAUGAACAUCAACAUGGAAUGGCUUCAACAAGCUAUUGGCCCCCAUUUAACCUCCGCAAAAAAGACAAAGGCAACAAUUUAGCCAUCCGCUGCACGCCUCCACACAGCACCUGGGAGAAACAUCAUUUUAAGUUUAUGAAGGGAGCAGAAUGUUGGCAAGAGGCGAUGAGAUAUUUGGUGCGCUUCCAAACAGGUUCUAGCGUUGAAACGACGGACGAUGACAAGAAGAGAAAGAGAAAGAGAAUCUCAAAUUCCAAGUACAGACCCCAGGCCUCUUCUGAUGAAGAGGAGUCUAGUCUUCCAGAUGCACCAGCAGUGCUGUCGUUUGGACAACCUCUUUUGAGCUUUGAAAACAUUGUUCCUGGUAACAAGGUUUCAGUGCUGCCCGAUGCUCCAGAAGUUGCAUCGAUUCCAGAAAACCAGGAAAAUGUUGUGCCAUCUGUAGACUUCAGAGGUGAACCAGGUUUCUCCCCAGAAAUUCAGACUCCACUUCACAGAGCCAAGAGUUUGAGUACAAGACACUUGACUGGUUACUCGCCGCAGCAGUUUCUGGAUGAAAGGUGUCGAGCUCGUCAAGUACUAAGCUUUACACCCCCAGCAGCAAAUUUACCCUGGCAGCAUAUGGGUGAAAACGCUGGAGGAGAAAGUCAUCGCUCUGUAAUUGGCCCUUGGAGUCCCCUGGCAUCUCGUGUACAGCAUGAAGUUUUCAGCUAUGAAGAUUUCCAGAGACUCCAGAAUGAAAAACAAGCCGUGAUGGAGGAGAACCAAGCCCUUAGGGAGGAGAACCAAGCUCUGAGGGAGGAGAACCAAGCUCUGAGGGAAAGCACUGCACGAGCAGCUUCGGAUGACAGCGGCUCACUUCAAGAGCAGGUGAAGCAAGUUGGGACAAUGUUGAAGACGUUUGCUCGCACUGGGCAAUCAGGUGCAGAUCAGACCUUAAUGCUGCGACGUCUUGGAGAGUUUGGCGAUGUUGUGCGUAGCAUGGACAACAAAAUGGACACUAUGCUGCAACAUUUCAGUGCCAAUGUGUCUGUUGGAGAGUUAUCCCUGCCAGGGGAUCUGUUACUCCCCCUAGACACCCAGGAAGAUUUGGCGUUGCUUGACAACAGUUUGAGGCAGGAUAAAGAGCUCCAGGAACGAUUUCUUCGGUUUUUGGCAAUCAAAUGUGGGAGGGACCUAAAGACAACCGUCUGGCGGAUGCUUCAAAGUAUCUUCUCUAAUCACCUUUCCAUCAAUACAACCUGGACUGGAGUUGGGGAUAAAGCAUGUUUUAGAGACAUGUUCCUGAAGACCAUUGUUCAAAGAGCCAUCCGGAAGAACCCGGCAACACAGGAUGCCACUGAUGAAGCCAUCCAGGUUAACGUUACGCGUUACCUGAAAGGAGCAUCUGACCGUGAAGGCGGAAAAAGGCGCCGCACAGCUGAGAGGGACCCACAGCCGACCCCUUAAACCUAGGCUGACUACUGACAUCCCAGCAUCACUGACAACUGGAACCCUUUCUUUAUCCUGCAGUCAGUAACAUCAAGACCCCUAAAGAAGCCAGAAGUGUCAGACUGCACUCCCCAAUCCACACUGUUCACUGUGGAUAUUAUCAUAGUGCUUAACUUAUUAUAUUGUUAAAUAUAGCUUGUAAAUCCUUGUGCCACAGGUCAGCAUUGCAGUUAUAUCUGUUCUACUACUUUUUUUACCUCAGUAUUUUUUAUAUAUAUUUGAAGAUGUUUAUCACAGAUACAAGAGACAUCUUGUACCCCAGGUCAGCAAUGCCAUUAUAAUGGUCUAUUCUAGUCCAGAGCUUUAUUCUAAAUUAUUACCACUUAUCUUAUUGUUAGAAAUGGCUUGUAAAUGUGAUGUUAUACCUGAAUUUUUUUUGGUGUCCUGCACAUUCUUUGGUACCAGAUAUACUCAUUACUUAUGUUUACUGGUAAUUCUUUUCAUGCCAGAGCUGACCUCUUUAUAUUAUUAACAAUUAUUGUAAGUGUUAUAAUUUGCUUGUAAGCUAAGGCUGUUUUUUUUUUUUUUUUAACAAUUUAAUUGGAAACCUGUGUGUGUGUGUGUGUGUGUAUUUAUUUUAUUUUUUUUCUCUUUUUUUCUGUUAUUUAUAUUUCAGGGAUCUGACAUCAUGUUUCAAUGACAGUUACUGUACUUUGAAAUGUGGAAUUAAAACGUCAAAUGGAAA